ACGUUUGUUUUUGUGACAUAACAUAAAAUUACUUAUUUACUUAACCAACACACCGUUGUUAAUAUGAACUACUGUGUUCCACGAUUCAUUAUGUUAUUUAACUCCUUUUGUAUUACCUAUACAUUUGUAAUUGGAUGACACUCAUUUUGUUGGCCAACCUGAUUAUCCGACAGCGUUCAGUAGUAAAUGUGACGCAUUAAGUGCAAUUAACAUGUUUUGUCACCGUCUUAGGAGGGAAGUUUGAAGUGUUGAUAUAGGAUUUGGUUCCCGAAACGUCGGUUAACUACGAAACAAUAAAUAAAUUGUCAUAAGAUGUCAACCAAUCAAAAAAUUCUUACACUUGUUAUGGUGCGUAAAGCAAAUGCUAUUCUGCUUGGACUCAAGAAGAGGGGAUUUGGGGAAGGUAAAUGGAAUGGAUUUGGUGGAAAAGUUGAAAAUGAUGAGACAGUAGCUGAAGGUGCUAUCAGAGAGCUUGAAGAGGAAAGUGGUCUUGUUGCAAAAUGUUUGAAGAAGGUUGGAAUUUUGGAAUUUGAAUUUGUUGGUAACCCCAUUGUACUUGAAGUCCACGUAUUUGAUGUUCUUCAGUAUGAAGGUGAACCAGUAGAGACAGAAGAAAUGCAGCCUCAGUGGUUCCCUGAAGAUAGUGUCCCAUAUGAGAAGAUGUGGCCAGAUGACAUAUUGUGGUAUCCUUUAUAUUUAAAAGGCAUUAAAUUCAAGGGUUAUUUCCUGUAUCAAGGCCACGACACCAUUCUGAAAUAUACACUGACACAAGUGGAUCAUUUGCCAUAAUAAUCAGCAAGUUUGGACCUACUACAGUGAAGAACUAUUGAGACAAUCUGCAUAUAUCAUGGUGUCAUGUAUGCAAAAUUUAUUGAAGCUUUCUUCUGGUUUUUAAUUAUUAAGUAUACAACCAUUCCUUCAGGACUCAAA